UUGCCCCCUCCCACCACCGCACCUCAGUGUUCCUGUCCCCACUGUGGCCAGGGUCAGAGAAGAGUCUCCCUGCGGCGGCAGGGAGAUGAAGAUAGGAUUUUGUUUAUUAUUUUUUCGUCGUCUCCAGGGGCCUCCUGGUUACCUGAGGCUCAUCGGAGCUCCCCCAGUCCGCCGGCGGCCGCGUGCUCAUGCUGGGCUGGGGGGUAUCGGGAGGACUCGCUCCGGCUGGUCUGGAGCCUGCUCCCGGGCCGCAAUUCUCCUCCUCCUCCUCCUCCUCCCCUGUGGGUCGGGCUGGUAGCGGCCGGCGUGUGCGCACGCCGACGUCGGUGACGUCACUUCCGGGUUCGGCCGCAACCCGGAAGUAAAGCGCAGGAGCAGAGCAGUUUGAAUAAAAGGCGGGAGCUGCCAUAAGGACGCUGAUCUGAGGUCUGUGAGUACUGCAGCUGCAUUUUACCCUACAGAAUGUCAGGUCCUGAGGUACAAACUGUUAUGGAGCUGGAUGCUCCCCCUCUGCCUCCUGCUAAAGAGGCGCAAAAAAAGCUUAAAAAACCUCCUCGCUGCAUCUCUUGUGCAAGGAAACUGCCUGACGAUUAUGGAAAGAAGCUUUGUAAAGCAUGUAUUUCUGAUGUAAUCCAGGAGGAACAGUCGUCCCUUAUGGAAAAUAUCAGAUCGGUGGUUCAGGAAGAAAUUCGGGCCGCUAGAGUUGCUCAGUCUGAUCCCCAGGACGAGCCUUCUCGCAAGCGUCCGCGUUCCAGGAUUUUUUCUUCCGGAUCCGAGGACGCAGGCGAUAAAGCUUCUACCUCCACGCAGUGGGAGGAUGAUCCAUCUCUCUCUGAGGGGGAGGUAUACGAAAAUAAUAAGAAGUUUUAUUUUUCCUCGGAGGAGAUGAAUGACUUGUUAAAGGCAGUCAGAGCAACAAUGGGGAUUGAAGAGACCCCUAGGUCCGUUUCUAUUCAGGAUGAAAUGUUUGGGGGACUCAAGGUGAAAAAAUCCAGGGUCUUCCCCAUAAACGAGCACAUUAGACAGAUGAUUCUGGAGGAAUGGUCAGAACCUGAGAAACGAUUGGGGAUUUCCAAAGAGUUUAAAAAUCGAUUAUUAUUCGACCCCUCUCAGUCUAAGCUGUUUGACGGGACCCCUAAAGUUGACGUGCAUGUGGCAAAGGUUAACAAAAAAACUGCCCUGCCGUUUGAGGAUGCUGCCCAAUUGAAGGACACCAUGGAGCGAAAGGCAGAUGCCCUUUUAAGGAAAGCUUGGGAGGCCUCCAUGUUUAACAUCAAGACCAACAUUGCGGCAACAUCGGUAGCCAGGUCUAUGUACCUGUGGUUAGGGGAACUUGAGAACCACCUAAGCAGAAAGACCUCCAGGGAAGAGAUCCUGCAGUCCAUACCGCUACUCAAAUCAGCUACAGGGUUCCUGGCAGAUGCAUCUGCUGAGUCUAUCAGAUUCUGUGCUAGGGAGGCAGGGUUGUCCAAUGCGGCUCGUCGGACUUUGUGGAUGAAGUCCUGGUCGGGCGAUAGAAUCUCUAAGCUAAAACUGAUAUCCAUCCCCUUUUCAGGAGAAUAUGUAUUCGGGCCGGUCCUAGACGAGAUACUUGAGAAGGCGGCCGACAAGAAAAAGGGAUUCCCAGAGGAAAGGUCCUUUAGGAAGAAUCAGUCCUUUCGGUCCUACGGCGGACAGAAUAAGUCUGUUAGAGGGAAGGGCAAGUCAGGCCGCUGGUCUUAUCCCAAAGGGGGUAGAGGAAGGGGCUUCCUUCUCAAGCCCCAGUCCAAAUCUGAGGACAAACAAUGACGCCGUUGUAGGGGGGAGACUGAAGGAUUUCCUGGGUCCAUGGUCAUUAACAUCAAGAAAUCCCUGGGCCCUGGACAUCAUUCAGCAAGGUUACAGGAUCGAGUUCACCUCUCUCCCCCCUGCAAGAUUCGUCAUCACGAGGUUGCCUACCAGACUCUCCAACCUAAACAUCUUUCAAGGAGUCCAGGACUUGGUGAAGAAGGGUGCUGUAAUCCCGGUCCCCGCAUCUCAGAGGGGUCAGGGGUACUAUUCAACCCUAUUCUUAGUAAGGAAAAAGGAAGGAGACUUCCGGACCAUCAUAAACUUAAAACAACUGAACAAGUUUAUUCUUUACAGGAAGUUCAAGAUGGAGUCUCUCAGAUCCUUAGUGCCGUUGAUAAAGCUAGGGGCAUUUAUGUGCUCGAUCGACCUGAAAGAUGCCUAUCUGCACGUCCCCAUUCACCCAGAUCACCAGAGGUUUCUAAGGUUUGCUGUCCUAGACCCUUCCAAUCGGAUUCGUCAUUUCCAGUUUAUAGCACUGCCCUUCGGGAUUUCAGCCGCUCCAAGGCUCUUCACCAAACUUGUGGUAGAGAUGAUAGCCCCUCUCAGACAGGAGGGAUUAAAUAUAGUGCCAUAUCUGGACGAUUUCCUAGUCAUAGCGGACUCAAAAGAUCUCCUGCUGUCGGACCUGGAAGUAUUUCUAUCCCGCCUAUCUCAACUAGGUUGGAUAGUGAACGAACCCAAGUCAAUGUUGGUUCAAUCCCAGAAGGUGAGAUUUCUGGGAGUUACUCUAGACUCCGUAACUCAGUCAACCUUUCUUCCACAGAGCAAAAUCCAGUCCCUGAUAAACAAGGUGAGGCGCUUCCAACGGGGGAAAAAAUGCUCAGUGAGGGAAGCAAUGAGCCUAAUCGGCCUCCUAACCUCCUGUAUACCCUCGGUCGAGUGGGCACAGGCUCACUGCCGUGUGAUUCAGACCUGGCUAUUGUCCCACUGGAACAAGAAGAAGGGUUCUCUGGACUCCAAGCUCCCAAUCCCAGGAUUAGUAAGGAAGUCCCUCUCAUGGUGGACGAAGGAGAGAAAUCUGUCCCAGGGAGUCCCAUGGAUCAGAUCACCGUCGAUUACCGUCUUCACGGACGCCAGCCAAUCCGGUUGGGGAGCAAAAAUCGACAGAGCCUAUUUCCAAGGAACGUGGAGGCGUCUGAUAUCUGCUCAGUCUUCAAAUUUCAGGGAGCUGUAUGCAGUAAGAGAAGCCCUUCUCGCCGCCAAGCAAGUGAUACGAAAUCAGCACGUGAAGGUCCUAUCGGACAACGUGACUGUGGUCUCCUACCUAAAACACCAGGGGGGUACUCGAUCAAGGAGACUCCAGAGUAUCUCAGAGGAGAUCUUCUCCUUUGCAGAAAAGGAACUAAAGUCCAUCUCAGCAAUGCACCUGAAGGGAUCCCUGAAUCUAGAAGCGGACUUUUUGAGCAGACAGGUAAUAGAUCAUACAGAGUGGGCACUGAACCCAGAGGUCUUCAAUAUGCUAACCCGAAGAUGGGGGCUUCCUACAAUAGACCUGUUUGCAUCAAGGAGAAAUACGAAGGUGCAAAUAUUCUGCUCCCUAAAUGCUGGGGACCAUCCCUGGAGAGUAGACGCCUUCUCCCUAAAAUGGUGCUGGGAUCUAGGGUAUGCAUUCCCUCCAUUGCCGCUCAUCCCGAGGGUCAUUCAGAAGAUUCAGGAGGGGAGAACCACGGUAAUACUGAUCGCUCCGUUCUGGCCCAAGAGGAGUUGGUUCGCCCCUCUAUUAAAGCUAGCAAUAGACGAACCAGUGAGACUCCCACUCAGGGGGGACAUCCUAUACCAGGGUCCUUUGCUACAUCCUCAUCCGGAGUUCCUGAAGCUCACGGCUUGGAUCCUGAGGUCUCCCUCUUAAGGUCUCAGGGCCUGUCAGACCAGGUUAUAGCCACCCUGAGAUGUUCUAGGAAAAAGGUCACUUCAGCGAUAUACCUGAAGAUCUGGAAGAGAUUCUGCUCAUGGUCGGGCGAGGAAAAUCCAAAUUCCGUGGGGCCCAGUAUCCAGAAAAUUCUGGAAUUUCUACAAAAGGGCCUGGACAUGGGCCUUUCUCCAUCCACUUUAAAGGUUCAAGUUUCGGCAUUGAGCGCCUUCUUUGAUUCCGACCUGGCAGACCAUAGAUGGAUCAAACGAUUCAUUAGAGCUGCACGUAGACUGAGACCCACACUUAGGUCCCGCAGCCCAACCUGGGACUUAAAUUUAGUUCUCAACAAUCUUAUGUGUUCCCCAUUUGAGCCGUUGGAGGAUUGUUCAAUCAAAUUGCUUUCAUUUAAGACUGCCUUUCUUAUAGCAAUUACCUCUGCCAAGAGACUGGGAGAGAUUCAGGCUCUCUCCAUUAGGGAACCAUACCUUACCAUCACUGAGGAUAAGAUUGUGCUUAAACUAGACCCAGGUUUCCUGCCAAAGGUGGCCUCAGACCGCAACAGAGGCCAGGAGAUCCUACUUCCAUCCUUCUUCAACAAUCCCAAGGACCAGGAAGAAGAGCAAUUUCAUUUCCUUGACGUUAGGCGUACAGUUAUUAGAUACUUGGAAGCCACUAGGGACUUCAGGAAGUCUGACAGUCUGCUUGUCCAAUUUGCUGGAAGGAAUAAGGGAUCCAGGGCCUCAAAAUCCUCCAUUGCAAGAUGGAUUAAGGACACUAUUACCUUAUGUUAUAAGAACCAGAAUCUGGAUCCUCCUUCCAAUAUUAGAGCCCACUCUACCAGAGCUGUAUCUACUACCUUCGCUGAAAGAGCAGGGGCCUCCCUGGAUGAUAUAUGCAGGGCCGCCUCCUGGUCUAGUAUUCACACAUUUGUGAAACAUUACCGUUUGGACUUGUCUGGAACCUCUGGCCUCUCUUUUGGUCAGAAGGUUCUCCAGGCGGUUGCCCCCACCCAUAAAAAAUAAUUUUAUAACUCUCCUUGUGGCCGUCAUGGUGAUGAUAUGGGAAAACCGGAAUUAGACUUACCGGUAAUUCAGUUUCCAUGAAAUCACCAUGACGGCCCAUACAUUCCCUCCCUUCUUUUGUUGAAAUUUUGUUUUUCACCCGUAUUUUUCUGGUAUGGUGUAAUACUGGGAAAUACUAGGACACUUCUGGCACUUGAUAUCUUUGGAACACUGAGGUGCGGUGGUGGGAGGGGGCAAUUUAACCUCUUCUCUGUUUCCUGCCCCCACAGAGGUCAUGGGUCAAUCUCCUUGUGGCCGUCAUGGUGAUUUCAUGGAAACUGAAUUACCGGUAAGUCUAAUUCCGGUUUUUGUGCAAUUGAACAAUGCGUGUGUGUAUUUAUAUUUUUAUUUGUGGGGAUUCGCUCUGGUAGUUAGGACUAGCGGAUGCAGUAUGGAGGCAAAGUACACCGUUCUUGAAUCAAACAGCAGUGUUUAUUU